AUGGCCACGGACGCCUGCAGUCCCCAGUCCAAGGUUGACAGAUGGUUGAACCAGCUUAUCCUUCGACAUGUCUCUGGUCACAGUUCGCCACUCAAGGUAUUGCGCAGAAGACAUCAACGCAAGGGCCAAGGCCCCUACAGGGAUAAGAGUCCGAAUCAAGAACUGAACGUCUCAACGGCUCCGAAGAGGGUACAUGAUGAUCGUGGCCAGUGUGGAGAUUCAGUAUGCCAAGACAAAAUGAUCGAGAUUGAGAAAUGGAUCUCGAAAACGGUGACGAGCCCGGGUCAAACUCGACAGCGCCCUUCUAGUCAUAUAUCUGGUAAUUCCGCCUCGCAAAGCCCUCAAAAGCCCCCACAACGACGACAUAGUAGGGACUAUCACAUCUCGACUGGGAAUCUUGGUCACAAGCGCAAGAGGUCACCGUCCGAGGCUAGUUGUGGGAGCAGACCAAAGCAGCGCAUCCAAAGAUCAUCCCAGUUCGAGAAGCGGCCUCGGCACAAGACUCGCGAAGAUCGAUACGAUAUGCACCACAGCAAACAUCAUCCACGAAAGGUUACCGAAGCCAGAGCCGAUGGCAACAUGGACAGGGAUAGACAAAGGUCCAGGAAGGCCGCCUUAUUAAAACCUUCGCGUGGUGUGGUGGCCAAGUUUACAUCAGAUGCUAUCCUUAGCGAGCGUGUGACUACACAUCCAGGACCAGGACUGUUUGGCAAGUUCAAUGCUAUCAAGCGCCCCCUUGUUGACCUUGAAUUCCAUGACAUGAAUUUUCUGAAAGCUCCGUAUGAGGAGCUGAGUGCCAAAAACGCAUCUCGUGCUCGUGUACGCGAGAAGAAUCGACAAGAAAGGUUAAACGAGGAGGUGUCAGCAUUCUUCACAAAAGCAGCCCCUGUAUCUAAAGGGCCACACCAUUACCACCAUAGGCCAACGACGUCGAAUGAAUAUUGGACGAUGCCGGACCGCCUUUCUGCCACAAGAUCGGAUUUAUAUCCAUCUCAAUCACGCCAUGGAAGUGCAGGCAGAACACCAGUACGGAAUGUGAAUAAACAUCCGAGAGGGAGUUCCGGUGACAGUUCCUCGCCUCUCAAACAGGAACUGCUGCAGAGGUUAGAGCAGAUAGGGUGCCCUGAUCAAUGCAACGCAAACUCUUUACUCACAGGCAGCUCCUCCCUGGGCAAGAUUACACGAUCAAUCAUAGAGACAGGAGUCCUUGACGGCACUGUAUUUCCACGACGGUCAAGCUUCGCACAGCCCUCAAAUCACCAAAAUCUUGAUUGUGAUGCAUCUUUGCUUCAACCUGCAACAAACCCUGAUCUUUCCACAAUGACUAUCAACAUAUGGAAUCAUCCACGACAGCUGAAGAAGAACCAAGACCUGAAAAAUUUUCCAACCCAAGUUGUACCACCGCUGCCGGUGCCAACUGCACAAAAGGGCCCGAGCCCAAUGAAGCAAGCACAUGUCUUGCCUUCAGAAGAAGAGCUUUCGGUUGAUACGCAAGGCUGUACAAAUCUCCCCACUUGUUCCAUAAAGUCACUGCCGUCAAGCAUACCUGCCCGUCCCCAGCCGCCCAAGUCCCGACUUGUUCAGAUACUCCAGAAAGCGGCCGAUAACUUUGCCCUGUCCCAGCCACAUGAAAACCCGGGCGGACAAGUGAUCACUGAAUUGCAAGCAGAUCAAGGGUUACGUUCGCCAAUCCUUCAGCCGUCGCUCUCAAAUCUUCAACAGCAUAGUAUAGCGCCAAACGCCGUAAUGACUCUCCUGCCGCCAAACCCAGAUCUUCACGUUGGCUUUCCCCCGAGACACGUUGCUGACUCUCGGCUCCAUCACAAUACCGCAGGAGCUUCAACAUCACCCCUACAGCCUCUGUCGACUAGCCGAAAGGAUUUCUAUGGUAAUCACGCACCACGGUCUCCGUCGAUGGUUCAGGAAGCUCCCCAGCUCACGGCCAACCAUCGACAAAGCGGAAAGUCGGCUGAUAUGGCACAGUAUAUAGCCAUGAUUGAGAGCGAAAUAUUGGGAGUUGAACCAGAUUCAAAGCCGAAUGAUACUGGUCAUGAUGGGCAGUGGGAACAAGACACCGAGACGUAUGAUGAGCCUAUUGAACACUCGCAGGAUGGCUACAUUACUGGCCGAUUUACGAGAAGCGGCCUCACCCUGCCUUUGGCAGUUGAAGAGGAAACUGGACUCUCAAUGGUUGACUUUUGGACGAGAAAUCCUUUCGUCAAUUAA